AUGACAACGUUGUUGUACAAAGGCAACUUUUGGAGUAGAAUGUCGGGUAGAUCAGCUCCACCACCUAGUUUAACACCAGGUCCCGGAAAUUACGAGUACGAAACGAAGAAAACAGCUACCGAGUUGCAAAAUGAAAAAAUAAGGGAAGCUAAAAGAAUGUCAACCAGACAACUACGUUCCCUCGACAUCAUAUAUAGAAGAACAAUUCGCGAAAAUCUUCCGGCUCCUAACUGUUACCAUGUGAAGGGCUCCUUCGACAGGUUCCUCAAGAGUUCAUGCAAAUGCGACCCUUACGCCUUGGAACCACCCCCUUUUGGACGCACUGCGAAGAGAUUCGACGAUAAGAAUCAAUCUGACAUACCUGGUCCUGGAACGUAUGAUCCUCAAGAUCAAAUAAAAUGUAUAGGUUCACUUUAUUUUCCUCCAUUUGGUGCUUACGCUAAUCGUUUUAAGAAAGAGUCAGAAAACAACGAACCAGCACCAUGUGAUUACCAUUCGAACGUGGGCAAUUUGGCCUAUGAGUCUCAAAAACGUUUCAAGUACAGCUACUCAAGUCCGACACAACAUUUCUUCUUCAAUCAAAUGUCUUCAUUCCAAAACGAAGAUUACUGCAUUCCAAAUUUUGUAGAGAAAAAUCAAGUGGAAAAGCAUGCAGUGUACCAUGCUGCCUUCAAAUCCAGAACCAAUCGAUUUCCCAAAGCUCAAAAGGAUCGGGAGAUUGCUUUAACGAGGUCGUUGAAGGUUCGAGCCAGUAGUCACGAUCCAACGUAUUACGAAGUGGCUGGAGAUAUCUCGAUGGGUGUGAAGGGUGGUGCGAUGUCUCUUGCCAGCAGCGCCGAUGAGAAAUUUCGAAAAUCUGUUCCUGGUCCUUCACAUUAUUGUAUUCACCCUUAUCUCUCCUCGUCGAUUCUGAAGAAGACAUUCAACGUGAAACUAGGAAAACCGAAAGUUAUCGCAGAAAUGAUGAAGCAGGAGGAGCCAGGUACGAAAGUACAUUGCCCUUGCAAAAGAAAGAAACUUCGCUGGUUCGCGAUGGGUCCAAAAGCAUACCAGCACUGUGACACAGUAUGUAUUAAUAAGGAAACAUUAAUCGACAAAAUGUUCUGA